AUGCUGCAGCAGCAAUACGAUGAUGCUCGCCGACUACAGGAAGAGGAGAACAUCCUUCGCCGGGCAAGUGAGAUACAGGCCGCCAGACAGGCGGGGACUCCGGAAGUGCUCAGCAACCAGCGGAUCCAGGAGCUCAAAGAAGAGGACUUUCGCCGACAGCGAGUACAGCAGGUCCCCACUUCUUUGGCUCCGCCACCGCCGGUGGCACCAGGAGGCCCUGCAGGACUUGGAGAAGAUGACAGUGCAGGCCACGGCAACCAGGUAGCUGCCCCGCCGCCCGCAGCAACCGAGCAUGUGGCACAAGAAGAGGAUGAAGAGGAGGACGAUGCUUGGGAUGAGUGGCAGUGGUGGCACCAGGGGCACCACCAGGGUGGGCAAUCCACAAGGGUUCCUGCUUGGCACCAGGAGUACAUCGAUGCCGGGUGGAUCCAAGAUGCUGGCAACCCGCAUAUCUGGUGGAAGCAGCACUGGGACGGCCACUGGCAGAGGUGGAAGCAACCUGUUCAGGAGAAGAAUCGCUCGGGCUGGGCUUGCAAAAUGGCGGUCAUCUGCCAUCGCUGGCAGACCAACCAGGUCGACUCCCUCAACCGCGACCUCCGGCGGAUCUGCGAGCACCCGGGCAUGGCCGCUCCCAUGCGGGACCUGAGGAAGAUGAUCGGGAACGUGGAGAGGCUGCUGGCAGACAAGCCUUUGCAGGCUUCGGUGAAGCUGUGUGGGGAGGGGGCCGCGGCGUUGCCGGGGCCAGGUGCUGCUCGACCAGGGGAUGCGGCCGCGCGGCGGAGCCGCCGCAUCGCUUCUGCUGCAGUGGCUGCAGACACAGCGGCGUCUGGGUUGCGAUUUGCUGGUGACGGGAACCCAUUUGUACUGCUGCAGCGGAUGCAGGAGGAGCAGAACCGCCGGCAGUUGCGAGAACGGCCCGAGGAGCAGCAGCGGCAGCAGGACGAGACGAAUGCUGCGGAGGAUGCGAAGGACCCGGCUGGUCGCGGAGGCUCUUGGCUGGACGACAUGGCCAUGACUUGGACGGCCAAAGAUUUCGUGGGGGAGCUCGAGGCCUGCGAGAAGCUCCUUGCUGCUCGGAACACAGAGCAGAUGCAGGAUGCAUUGCUUGCCCAGCUGCAGUCCAAGCUGAACAACAUCGGCCAAGUGGGGCCCUCCGAGAUGGUGCUGUGCUACGAAGCUUUGGAGCGAGCUAGCUUGCCGGACGGCAUGACGGACAAGUUGCAGGAGACCUUGGAUGUUAUCGCUGCUGGUGCUCAUCAGAGCAAUGGGGCCACGAACCUCGCGGCAGUGGCACAAACAUGUGCCACCUUCGAGCACUACUUGACGGAGAAGGAUGCAGCCGCCCUGGGCAGCUGCAGUAUGUGGGAGGGCUGUCGCCACAUCGCUUUCCGGCUUCGCAUGAUCGGGGUCAAAGGCAUGAAAGAAUCCUUGAAGAAGAGAUGUACCGCGAUCUUGGUUUGGUUCCAUGUUCACCACCAAGGCAACCCGGUGCCGGCGGCUCGUGUGGGCUAUGACCUGAGUCUGCGGUUGAUGACAGAGCUCAAGCAGUCCAACACAGCGAUCCCACCGGGAGCUCCAUCUCUUGCCCGCUAUCCUCCGGAUCCUCUGCGGUUGCCGGCCUCCCACCUGCAGGCAUCCUAUCCGGAUGGACUUCCAGCCAAGAAGGACUUGAACGGCUUGGCCACUUUGAUGCAGCAUCACAUCUUCGUCCGAUCCAAUGGCAAGUUGCUGCAGGAGUCCCUACAGCCCAAAGUCAACGUCGUCCUGCCUGCGGCUCCCGCACAGCCCUUGGCGGCACCGGACUCCGACACCAAGUUGGUCAGCAGCCUCAUGGCCUUCUUGAAGAAUGCCAACACCAUCCAGAGCCAGACCCAGCCGAGUGUGCAGUUCCUGACGCAGCCGACUGCAGCGAGCAGCCGCAGCCAGGGAGCUGCACAGGCUCCGUGCGAGCAGACGAAGGCUUCUUUGCCUUUGCAGAACGGUUCGCUUGCCCCUGGUGCAGACACAGCUUCUUUGCCUCUGCAGAACAGCGCCGAGCCAGCGAAGACGCUUGAGCAGUUCGAAGCAGAGCACUUGGCUAUGCUUGAGGCCAGAGACAAGAAAGCGGCUUCUACGAAGCAGGUCGGACAGGACAAGCAGGGCGACUGUGGCUCCAAGCCUGCGAGCAAGGCUGCAGCCAAGAGCCGGGCAGCAAAGCCGGGACCCAAGGCUGGAAAGCCUAAGGCAAAGGGCAAGGUUCUCAAGAGGCCAGCAGCCAAGGCUUUCGAGUUGCAGCCUCGUGCAGACAACCAAGGCCUCAGACUGACCCGCUCCGAGUGGUUGCAAAGGCAGCAGCUCUACGGGAAAGAGUUCAAGACUCCACUGGAAAAUGCAGUGCUGCAAUGCUGGUGUUUGUCCUGCAAGUGCGGUGCAAAGCUACCUUGCAUGGCGGAGCCGAGCAAGAAACGAAAGAUUCUGGAUGUGAGACAAGAAGCUCCCUUUUGCUCGCAGACUGCCUUAGCGGCCAUAUGCCAGAACAUAGCUGAGCAUGGGUUGCCUGAGAAACAUUCUCGCCGAGACAUCUGGAAGGAGACGGAAGAGCUGCUCCACAACCCAAGCAUGGAAAAGUAUGGCCCUCUGUUUCAAACAGCAGAGGCAGAGACAGUGAAGGGACCAAAGCAGAAGCUGCUGUUCGUGAACUUCCUUUCGCUGUUGGCUGGAGUGUUCCAUGCAGCUGGCCCGUUCGCGAGGUGGCUGCUGGAUUUGCAUGCGAAGCAUCCUUCUUCGUACGACUCGUGUUGGGAUGCAGUGAUAUAUGCUGAUGAAAUGCAUCCAGGCAACCAACUAAGUUCCUCAUCCAGGAAGAGUUGGUGUGUGUACAUUUCUUUUCUGCAGUUCAAGUCGCUUCUUUCCCGUGAGGAUUUCUGGUAUUGCCUCUGUGUGAAGCGAACUGAAGAGGUCUCUGAGCUCAAGGCUGGAAUGUCGCAGGUCAUGCGCCUGAUCCUCGAAAGCCUUUUCGGCACAAGGUUGCCAGAGACUGGUGUGCUCUUGGCAUCUGCUGUUGGAACGCUUCGUCUGCACUUUCGUCUGGGAAUGAUUCUUCAGGAUGGGGCGGCUCACAAAGCUGUGUUUUCUAACAGGCAAGACACAGGUUGCAAGCCAUGUCCUCUCUGCAGCAAUAUUUUUCAGCUGAAGGACACUGGCAACAGCGGCAGAAAUGUUUGGGGCCAGUUUCUCAAGAGAUCGGAUUGCAUCGUGGCAUCGGACGAAGAGAUCAUGGCCUGCUGGGAGCGACUGGCGGAGGCAAAAGGUUCGCAGCCGGCAGGUCACUUCGAGCAGCGGCAGAAGGCUGCUGGGAUGACUUGGUCGCAGCAUGCACUGCUGUCUUCCUCCUCAUUGCAGCAGUUGGGCCUCUGCCGGCCAAGCAGCCUUUAUUGCUACGACUAUAUGCGUUGCUUGGUUUCGCAUGGAGUGAUGAAUGAGAUGGCUUUUUGGGUCCUGGAAGACUUGACACAGAGUGGGCUGCUGUCCAAAGACUGGUCACGUUUGCAGCAGUGGCUAGGGCUCUGGAACCUGCCAAAUGGACAUGCGAACUUCAAGCUGGAUGGUUUGUUCUCGAGCAAAGCCGUGGCAUCCUACAGGAAGGCUGGAUCAGUCAAGGUCGGGGCCUCCGAGAUGCUCACUUUGUGCAAGCCUCUGCAGUUCUUCCUGCAGAGCAAUUUCCUGAGCCAUGGCCUGCAAGAGGCGACGUGCCGAGCAUUUGUUGCUUGGGCCGACGUGCUGGACUAUGCCCACAGCAUCCAAGGUUUGCAGAAUCCCUCGCCUCCUCGUUUUUUGCACUUGGUCGAAGCGGCAUUGCAAGCCACAGUUGAGGCUGAUUUCUCAGAUCACCUGAGGCCAAAACAUCACUGGCCCCUGCAUCUUCCGGAUUGCUUGCAGCGGUGGCAGCAGCUGCCCUCCUGUUGGGCUUUGGAGCGAAAGCAUAAAGUUCCGAGAAAGUACGGCAGCAACCAAUUUGGCUUGGAAGCUUACAACAAGGCGGUCAUGACUGGUGUGACACAGGAGCAUGUGGGCAAAUUGCUCAAGGACGAGGAGCUUUUCGUGCACAGCAGCCACAUCAUAUCGAAGACUGCCCUCGGCAAGCCCCUGGAGUCCUUCUUGAGAGCCAACGACUGGCUGUUGCCUGGAAUGGAAGCUUCUGGAACAUGCCGCUUGGAAAACGGCAUGUUGUGCAAAAGCGGCGACAUCCUUUUUUACAGGUGCGGAAGCAAGCAGCAGCACAGCAGGCUUUCCUUGGGCUUGUGGUUCUUUGAAGCAUUGCAUCAGUGCUGCAGGCAUGGAGUUGGCUGUGGUGCUAAGCUUCCUCUUCGUCAAGGAAAAGCCUGGCACUCAUGCCAGUGUUUGGCAAAGCAAUCCUGA